AAGUCCCGUUACAGUUUCUGUUACGCAGGAAAUCGUGGCAGCGAGAUUACCGGGCAUCCGCUCUGGGCUUCCGCCGGCUUCAGGUUUUCCUCAAACCAAGCAGCGAGGCGACGAGACUCAGCACGGAGGCGAUCGAGUAUUACGGUUCCGGAUGAUCUCGUUCGCUUAGACGCCCACCAUCUGCUCGACGCAAUGCCUCCGGUGUUCCGCGGCGGGGUCGGGCCGAGGCGCUGCUUCGCGCGAGACCCCGCGAAGAGGACGGCCAUGCCAGCAGAGGCCUCAGAGCUCGACAGGUUAAGCGCGCUCCCCGACGACCUGCUGCAGCACGUCCUGGGCUUCCUGGACACACGGCAGGCCGUGGGCCAAUUAAGCCUCCUGUCUCGCCGGUGGCGGCACUUGUGGGCGUCCAUGCCCCGCGUCAUCCUUGACGGCUCCGUCUCCGAGAGGUUCGGGAGCGCGCUGCUCCUCCUGCGCGAGUACGCCAAGCUGCACGCCUUCAGCCUUGGCAGCUCCUUAGCGAGCCAAUUCGCGUACCAGCGCUGUUGGCUGCGCCAUGCCGUGAGCAAGGGCAUCCGCGUGCUCCACAUCACCCUCGGCAGCGCCUGCUGUUUCCAUCUGCCCGACUGCGUGUUCAACUGCGCGACACUCGAGGAGAUGGUCCUGUCGUCGAUGGUUCCGGAGGACAUCGCGCCCAGGUCUGUCUGCCUCCCACGCCUCAAGAAACUGCGCCUUGACAACGCGCGUCUGCUCGAUUCGUCUGUGGUCUGGAGUCUCAACUCCGGGUGCCCAGCAAUUGAAGAACUGGAUUUGGACCGGUGCUCGCUCCAUCGAUUCUGGAUAUCUUCUGACACUGUCAAGACAUUGUCCGUGACCGCCUGCAUUUACAAGGAGAUACAUGUUUCUGCCCCUAAUGUAGUUUCCCUGAGGUUAACUGUUGCAGGAAGAGUUCAGCUGGAUGCCAUGCCUUCCCUGUCGAGGGCUUGGGUGAAUAUUUCUGGUGAUCGAGCAAAUCACCUUGCUCCGGAUGAACAUGGUUUUCUUGGUGCUCUUUCUAGUGCGCAGCAUCUUGAGCUAUUUAGAUUUGAUUCGCUUCUCCAGGACAUGAUGGAGAAUCCAGCUACUGAAGGUCCAAAUUUUGGCAAACUGAAGAGCUUGUAUCUUGGAGAAUGGUUGGUCGCUGAUUUCUACCAGCCAUUUGCUUCUUUUCUUAACCAUGCUCCUUAUUUGGCCUCUCUUACUUUGGAUACAUGGAAGGUGUGUGAAGAAAUUGCUGGGAAGGUACCUCGUCUAGUGGCCAUGCCGAAGGAACGGAAUGACAAAUUGAGACUGGCAUCUGCAUCCACAGGCCUUGAGAUGCUCCGCCUCAGAAUCUCGAAAGGUCGCGACGCUGCAGAGUUCAGCAAAAUGCGAAGGCUGUUGAAGGAGAAGACAAAGCCUAAAGAGAUGGAGGUCAUAUGGUUUUAGCCUGCUCGUUUCUUCUGGACUCUGGAGUAUGAUGAUGGCAUUUUUAGUUUUUCGUAUCAGAGACUAUAUAUGUUCUACCAUUCGUACACUCCUACACCAUGCUACUAGCAUGGUGAUUAUUGAACCUUUGAUAUAUUAUUACGACCGGUGAGGAUGGGGAUGUAGA